GACAAAAAAAAAAAAAGAUUUAAAACGUGUUACAUGCAAGUGCGUAGAAGUUAAAAAAAAGUACUACUACUAUUUGUAAUGUGGCCGUGAACCCCACUUACGUACACUAUCUCCGCCGAUUCAACUCCGUCGGCGUCGCCGUCAGCAGCAACAACAAUGGCUGUUUCCACCUUUCAGGCGCCGCCACUGAAGCCCUCAUUGCCUUCCACUCUUCUCCGGCGCCUCAAACGCGUGCCCCUCUCCCACUCCUUCUCAUUAUUCUCCGCUCCAAACACAAACAGCUUUCAUUCUUCUUACAGAGCCCUCCGUAUUCGCGCCAUCGACGCGGCCCAGCCAUUCGACUACGAGUCGAGAAUGGCCCAACAAUUCCACGACGCCCAGAAGCUGAAGAUCGCCAUCGUGGGCUUCGGCAACUUCGGGCAGUUCCUGGCCCAAACCCUCGUCCGGCAGGGCCACACCAUCCUGGCCCACUCCCGCUCCGACCACUCUCUCUCGGCCCAACAACUCGGCGUCACCUUCUUCCAAAACCCCCACGACCUCUGCGAAGAACACCCCGAAGUCAUCCUCUUAUGCUCCUCCAUCAUCUCCACCCAGCGCGUGCUCCUCACUCUCCCCCUCCAGCGCCUCAAACGCAGCACACUCUUCGUCGACGUCCUCUCCGUCAAGGAAUUCCCCAAAAACCUUCUCCUCCACGCGCUCCCCCCCGAUUUCGACGUUCUCUGCACUCACCCCAUGUUCGGCCCCCAGAGCGCCCCACGCGCCUGGACCGGCCUCCCCUUCGUCUACGAGAAGGUCCGAAUCGGCGCCCACGACGACCGCCGAAUCGCGCGCUGCGAGAAAUUCCUCGGAAUUUUCGCCAGAGAAGGUUGCAGGAUGGUGGAGAUGAGCUGCGCCGAUCACGACAAGUUGGCGGCCGGGUCGCAGUUCAUAACGCACACCGUUGGUAGGGUUUUGGAGAUGCUGACCGUAAAGUCAACUCCGAUUAACACCAAAGGCUACGAGUCGUUGUUGAAUUUGGUGGAGAACACUUGCGGGGACAGCUUUGAUCUGUUCUAUGGAUUGUUUAUGUAUAAUAAGAACUCGCUGGAGAUGCUGGAGAGGUUGGAUUUCGCCUUCGAGGACUUGAGGAAACAGCUCAUGGCGCGUUUGCAUGAUGUUGUUAGAGAGCACUUGUCGGAUAAUGCUGGAAUUGGGAAGGUGCAGAGUUUGCCUGAUGAAUAUGUCCAUCAACUGCUGCUCAAGAACGGUCAAAAUGGAUCUGCUGCUGCACCUCUGCUGUCACUGCCCUCCGAAGAUCUGAGAUCUGGUGAUGUUGUUAAACUCAACAACUACAAGUCAAAUGAUGCAAACCAGUCUGAUGACAACUCCAAGCUCAAGAUUGCGAUUGUUGGUUUUGGCAACUUUGGUCAGUUUCUUGCGAAAACUUUUGUGCGUCAUGGUCAUCGAGUGUUGGCAUACUCUAGAUCAGAUUACUCUCUCGUGGCUCAGGAAUUGGGGGUUUCAUAUUUCAAUAACAUUGACGAUCUUUGUGAACAACACCCAGAAGUGAUUUUACUUUGCACUUCAAUCCUUUCCACCGAGAAAGUUCUUAAAUCAUUGCCCGUGCAAAGAUUGAAGAGAAGUACUCUGUUUGUUGAUGUACUUUCUGUCAAAGAAUUUCCUAGAAACUUGUUUCUUCAGCAUUUGCCGCGUAAUUUUGAUAUUCUCUGCACUCAUCCUAUGUUUGGGCCAGAGAGUGGAAAAAAUGGGUGGAAUGGUCUUGCUUUUGUUUUUGAUAAAGUUAGAAUAGGAAUAGAUGAAUCAAGAUCAUCACGGUGUGAUCAGUUUCUUGACAUUUUUGCUAGUGAAGGGUGCCGAAUGGUUGAAAUGUCAUGUGCUGAACAUGAUUGGCAUGCAGCUGGAUCACAAUUUAUCACGCAUACUACCGGAAGAUUUUUAGAAAAACUGGAAUUGGAGGGAACGCCAAUUGACACAAAGGGCUAUGAGACUUUGUUGAGUUUGGUGGAAAAUACUGCUGGAGAUAGUUUUGAUCUAUACUAUGGUUUGUUCUUGUAUAAUAGAAAUGCCAUGGAGCAACUAGAAAGAUUUGAUCUGGCUUUUGAGUCUGUGAAGAAGCAGCUUUUUGAUCGUCUGCAUGGCUUCUACCGACAGCAAGUAUUUAAACAUGAAGAAAAACUCCAUGACUCGCCAGAAAGGCGUAUGUUGCCUAAGAUAUCUGAAGAUAAAUAAAUGUAGGGUCAUCUUUUUCUAAUACUGUGGUCCGUGGACACUAAAUGAAAUUGAUUUCCCAGAUUUGCCUCUCAUUUGUAAUUAUUGUGGGUCUUGCUUAUUUUAUUAGUUGGUUUAAAUGAAUGUCAUUUCUAAAAGUUCAUACUAGAUUUCUUAAAGUUAUUUUGAUCUGCUUGAUUGAGAUGAAACAAAAAUGAUUUUGAAAUUUUGGAUAUUAUAUUUUUAAUUCUCAGA